CUGAGGCUAACGUAAUACAAAUAUGAUGACAGUGGUUUAUGGCCAUUAAUCAAGGAUGGGGCAGUCCCUGAGCGGACAGCAGUCCUGUUUCUUCCCUGAUGAUGAUGAAACUAAGGCUCCACCCCUUUUCUCCUGCUUGACAUGGGAGAGGGAGGAGGUUAGGGCGGAGCAGCAUGGAUAUCUUCUACCUCACUUCAGAGGAGGGGGUGGAGCAUCGUGGACACUCCCUUCUAGAUGCCACGCCUUUGCACAGACUGAGGAGGAAGCAGAUAGCGGGGCUCUGCUUGUUGCAGCAUUCAAUGGAAGAAUUGAUAAGGUUAUUCACCUGUUAUCAAAACCAGGAACUAAUCCUAAUGUAUCCUAUAGUAAUGGAAAUACUCCGCUUAUCAUGGCAGUUCAAGAAAAUCACACGCAUAUAGUUAAACUAUUACUGGAGAGGCCUGAUAUCAAGGUAAACCAGAGAGGACAGGAUGGUCACACAGCUCUGAUCAGAGCCUGCUACGAGAGAUCUGAUAUAGUUGAUAUGUUGCUAAGAAGACCAAGUAUAGAUGUUAAUCUUGCCACUUACUAUGGUACAACUGCACUUACUUACGCAAUUAGGAAUGGAAAUAUUGGUGCAGUUCUGGCACUUAUAAACCAUCCCGGAAUAGAUAUUAACCAUCAGAGCAAGCAUGGUGAGAAUGCAUUGUUUGAAGCUGUCAGUUAUAAGAGAAAAGAUAUUGUAGAACUUCUUAUUCACCAUGGAAACUGUAAUGUUGAUAUAGUUGAUCUUCAUGAUAGGACUCCGUUCCUUAUAGCCUGCCAAUAUGGAUUCCAGGAUAUUGCAUUGUAUUUGAUAGAGGUGGGAUGUGAUACUACAUGUCAGGAUGAUUGUGGUAGAAACGGACUUUAUCACGCUCUAAAAAGGAAUAGGGAUGCCAUAGUUCACGCUAUACUAGACCGAAAAGUACCUUAUACUCUUAGAGCACAGUGUCGAACUGUUAUCAGAGCGUAUGCUAGAUCAAUGGUUGGACCAGGGAACAGUGUACAAAGAGUUAUAAGGAGAAUACCAAGAACUGAACUUCCUUAUUCACUCAUUAGCUACCUUGCCUUCGAAACUACAUAAAGGGAUUGUUAUCUAAAAUGUGGGUGACCUUAACUACAUAAUUAGGGUUUGUUACAAAAAAUCACUCUAAAUUACGAUAUAAAAAAUAGCUUAUUUCAUAGCCAAAGUGCGAUAGCUGCCAAAUAGGCGACACAAAACGCUUAUUUGGAAGUCAUUAAACUUUUUGCCGUAGAAUAAUCGAUUUCUGGUUUAAUAUAAGUGAUUUUUUGUCGCCUACAUGGCGGACAAUCAACAUCCAACUUUGCUGUCAAAUAAGCGAUUUUUGGUUUAAUAUAAGCGAUUUUUUAGUUUUAGGAAACUCUCAAAUUCGAUAAAAUUAUAUUUAAUGGAAUGUUAACUUGUACGUAAUAAUAAUGGCAACCAAUUUUUUCAUGAGAAUAUUUGCAAUUUAAAGAAAUAACAAACAACAACCAUAUAAAUUCUUAUUAUUUUUAACCAUCCUCAUCUUUUAUAGAUCUGAGUACAAAUUAAACCUUCGCAUUUCUGUUACAUAAUCUUAUAUCUAAUUAUUUAUAUUUCACGAA